CUGAAUUAUCUUGUAACUCAUCAGCAUCAUCAGUUCAACCUCAAACAUUACCUACUCAAACCAGUCCACCGCAACUACCAUCAACAUGUCCACCGCUGCCGACAAGACCAUCAUUCUCAUCACCGGCGCCAACAGCGGCAUCGGCCUCGAAACCACCGUCGCCCUCUCCAAAUCCUCCCCCUCCUACCAUCUCCUCCUCGGCUCCCGCUCCUUUCAAAAGGGGCAAGCCGCCUUGUCCCAAAUUCAAGCCGACCACGGCCCCACCCUCCUCUCCCUCAUCACCCCCAUCGAGGUGGACGUCACCUCCACCUCAACCAUCGAAGCCACCAAAACCUACCUGGAGUCCACCUUCUCCCGCCUCGACAUCUUGAUCCAAAACGCCGGCAUAAUCGUCCACCAUCCCUGCACCACCCUCGAGAACCUCCGCCUCACCUUCGAAACCAACGUCUUCGGCCCCCGCGUCCUCACCGAGACCCUAGUCCCCCUUUUGCAGAAGUCCACGAACCCGAGGGUGAUUUAUGUGUCGUCCGAACAAGGGAGUAUUACACUCAGAUUGGACCCAGAGUACCCCUGGCGUGACGCCCCGGGCACGGAGUACAGGAUGAGCAAAGCGGCCUUGAAUAUGCUGGCCGCGUGUGAUAGGUAUGGUUUUAGAAGUUGGGGGGGGAAGGUGACGAGUUUUAAUCCGGGGUGGUGUGUGACGAAUUUGACGGGGGAGGAGGGGAGAGUUAUGAGGGAAAGGGGGGGCGCGAGGAGUGCUGAGGAUCCGGCGAGGGCGUUGGUGGAGGUGGUGAAUGGGAAGAGGGAUAAAGAGGCAUGGGAGGAGAGUGGAAUUUUGGAUUUGGAUGGGGGGGUUCGGCCUUGGUGA